UAAAAUUGAUGGUGUGCUGGUUGCACAAUUCUAUGACUACACUGCAUUGGACCCUGUAAAUGUAUAACAUUUUGUAUCAUUAGGAAAUGCAGAUCAAAUUCAAGCCUAUCAAUUGUAUAUCUCAAGAAAGAUUUUCUUUUUAAGGUCAAUGAAGUCAUUAAAAUUUAGUGUUUUCUGAAACUCAAGAAAUCUUUUCGAUUGAGCUUGAGAAAAUCCAGAGAAUACGGAAGCCUUAUUGAAGACAUAUUGAAAUAAUUACAACUCGUCUGGAAAGACUUACGUAUAUUAAAAUAUGCAGAGUUGGGCGAGAAGGGCUGUCAUUUGUGCUUUGUGUGAGCAGCAACUUGGCGUCUCAACCCAGCUUCUGUCUUCACUGACGCCGCGUUCUUCAGAACUACCCAUUUCCUGACUACCUUUCAAAGGAGCAACGCGCGCGACACUAGGACGCGAAAACCAUCCGGGAAGACGGCGGGCUGGCGAAACUCGAGCCUCCGCCUCUGCGCGUGCGCACCGCUCCUCGGCCCCUUCCGCCUCCGCCUCGGAAGCUCCUCCUAGGCGGCCGUCGGAGGCCACGGCAAGGUCUCUUCACUGUAGUGUCGGGUUUUCUCGCCACCUGUGACGGGUCUUCGGCGGCACCCACCGCUCAGCGCCUGCGCAGACUGAGGACCACGGUCACCAUGACAGCGACCGCCGGGGCCCCUGGAUCUUGGAGUGAAAACAUACUGGAAUAUUUUCUCAGAAAUAACCAGAUCACAACAGAAGAUGGCGCCCAGAUCAUCUGGUAUCAUGCGGCUAACCACAAGGUGCAAGUGAAUGAGGCACUGAGAAGUACUGCUCAUAUGAUAGAGGCUGAUGUCAUUUUUCCAAGCGAUGGAUCAGAACAUGGCCAGCCAAUCAUGGCUCAUCCUCCUGAAACAAACAGUGAUAAUACUUUACAGGAAUGGCUGGCUGAAGUUAUAAAAAGCAAUAAAGGCAUCAAACUGGAUUUUAAGAGUCUGGCAGCUGUAGAACCAUCCAUGAUGCUCUUGGAAAAUGUGAAGAGGCAUCUGAAGCGUCCAGUGUGGAUUAAUGCUGAUAUUCUUCCUGGUCCAAAUGGAAAUAGCAGAGUAGUGGAUGCAAAACCUUUUAUAGACACUGUGACAUCCUUCUUUCCAGAUGUGACAUUUUCCCUAGGUUGGACAACAGGAUGGCAUCCUGAGAAAGUCAAUGAAGGUUACAGUUGGAUAAUGGUGAAAGAGAUGGAAUAUAUAUGUAAUGAACUAAAUCAGCUUGUAACAUUUCCUGUCAGAGCAGCAUUAGUCAGGCAGUCUUGUUCUCAGUUACUUUGGCUGUUAAAGCAAUCAAACAGGUACAGCCUGACUGUUUGGACUGGAAAUAACGAUAGCUAUUCCACUGAAGAUUUACUUUUUAUUAGAGGCCAUUUUGACAAAAAAAGAGUUUUCUAUGACAUCUUGGAACCACAAAACCAUGAAUUUAAACAAGCCAUUGGAAUCAAAAUUAAUCUCUAAGAUGAAAAUUCUGCUAAAUUAUUUCAUGUUUUGGUUUCAUAAUCCUUCUUUGCUUUGGUCUGAAUCGAUUACCAUAUAAAUUAUGAUGAUUGAUUUAUGUUCCAGUUCAUCCAAUCAAAAAACACUUAUUGAGUGCUUACUCUGUUAGGCUUAUAUCCUUAUAAUACUGUACUUACCUAAAAUAUUUGGAAAGAAGAGAUUUCAUUGGGCUAGUAUAACAAUAAUUUAGGAAAAUGAAUCUUUAAAACUCUUUAUAAAAAAAUUUUGGUAUACUGAAGAUAAUUGAACGAAUCCACAUGUCAUACAGCUAUUAAAUCACAUUUUGUUGGCACUAGCAUUAUAGAGAUUUCAUAAAAAUAUGCCAUCCUCUUCCCUUUUUCCUGGAGAACUAGUUAUUCAGAGACUACAAAAGAGUAAGACGGCUUUAAAAAUGUUUUUAACUUUCACAGGGAUGAGCAGCUUUCUUAUAACAAGAUCAAGUCUAUUUACCGAAAACAAUAUGGAUUAAAUUAGAUGUAUCUAGAACUUCCAUAUUUUUGGGAGUAUGCCGACAGCCAUAUAUGUUUCUUGUAUUCUUUGUUUUGAUCAUAAUAUCUAGAGUGAGCAAAAUACUAUCGGAGAGUAGAAUUUUAAUCCUGGUAAUAUAUCAUUUGAUUUUCAAGUUUCUCACCAACAUCACCUUGGUUCAGGCCCUUGUUCUACUACUAGAAUUUCAAAAACUAGUUCUUCAUGACUUCAUUCCUCAUACUCUACUCAAAGAUACCCUGAAUAUUUCUGCUGGAAAAAAAAAAACUUUUAAAAAACACCUCUUUCUUUAUGCCAAAUCAGAAAUCUCUAGGGAUUCUUAAAUUCAACUUUAUUGAAUUUUACUCUUUCAAGACCCUUCCUAAUGUGGUCCCACUCUGAAAGUUAAUUCAGUGUCCUCAACACAGUCCUUCAUUUCAAAAACAGCUACACCAUCUGUAGUCUCCAGAUCUUACUUUAACAGUUAAUUUCAACUAAUAGCAUUAGUUGAAAGGUAUUCAGAAAAACAUGUUGCUUCUUUGAUUUAUUGAAAAUUUACCAAUGAAUGUCCUAAGAUAUGUAAUUUAUCUUUUAUCAACCAUUUUCUCCCAGUGAAUAAAGUAGUGCGAUGUAGAGAAAAAAGCUUGGGUUUUGAAUUCAGAUAGACUUCCCUUACGGCACCACCUGUGUCCCUUAAUAGCCAUAGAUUUGGGGAAAUAUUUAACCUCACUGAGUCUUGAUUUCUUCAUCUAUAAAAUGGGGGAGAGGCGCAGAGGAUGAGGCUUCUCUUAUAGGGUUGUUGUGAAGGUUAAGGGAGAUUCAUGCAAUGGAAGCUUGUAGCUCAAUGCUCGUCACAUAGCAAGUGCUCAACAGUUAGUUCCCUUCUUUUAGACUUAUCAUGUGAUCAUAUCCAUUGUAGAUAGAUAGAUAGCAGUAAGACAUAUAACAUGAACAUUGUACACAUAUAAAUACUUCAAGAAAAUGAUCAUAUUUCCACUUUAAAUUUUAGCUACAACUGAAUAUGGUGCUAUUUGUCAAGUAAAACCUAAAACUUCACUUUCUAUGGUUGUUUGCCAACAGCAAAAGAUGCAAUUUCAUAAUUAUAAAAUGUUAAUAAUUGCAACAAAUAACUCAAAAUUAUAGUAAAAAGUAAUGUUUACAUUAUAAAUGUUCUAAAAUGACCAUGCUUUGCUUUUACAAAGAGAGCUGAAUUUAUAAAUGCAUUGCAUUUUAAUUAAGUUUGAAAUCAAAUUCAUUUGACCAGAAGAUUAACUUUACUACUUUAUUCUUAAUAAUAUUUUUUAAAGUAUUAGUCUUAAGGCAAAAUGCCUUUAUAUUGAGAAAUUUAUCAACUGUCAUUUAGAUUAAGAUUUAAAGCUAUAUUUUAAAGUGUUCUCAGGAAUAAAAAUUAUAUAAGAGAAUUAUAAAAUGUAUUCUGUUGAAAAGUAAAUUUUUUU